AUGUAUAUGCAAGAAAUUUAUCUAUCAACAAGUUGCCAAAUGAUUUCAUUUGAUCGUGAAAUAUUCAAAUUCUGUGUUCGUGGUGAUGUGAAUGAAGUUGAGAAACUGUUGAAACAAAACGAGAAUAUUUAUCAACCACAUAAAGAAGUGUUUAGUAUUGUUCCAUUAACAGUUGCAAUUGAAAGUAAAGACGAAGAUCUUAUCAAUCUACUUCUUGAUGUUUAUGAACGUGAUCUUGAAGCUUUGAAAGGUACAAAUUUUAAGAAAGCUUUGAUCGCUUUACCAGAAGACCAAAAUGAAGAAUUCUUGCAAACAAUUGAAGACCAGCCAUGUUCAGAUUCCAUCCCAGUUUUACUAAAGAAUGACAAUCAGACGAUUCCCAAAUGUGUUUACUUGCGUAAAAGAUUGAAACACAAAGACGAUUUAUCAUUGAAAUUAGCGACAACUUUGGAAGCAAAGAAUGGAACGUGUGACUUAAAUUAUAGCAAACUUUACAACUCAUUCUGCGAUUCAUUUCUACAAAUUGCAAUUUAUUAUGAAAUUGAUGAAAUAGUUGAACGUUUGGUAAAUCAUCCAACAGUUGACAUAAUGACGACGAAUCUUAUGACGAACCACACAACGUUGCAUUACGCACUUCAUGUUGGAAACAUGAGAAACUUGAAACUUUUAUUGUCAAAAUUUAACUUUGGAAAUUAUUGGGAAGAUCCACAAAAUAUUUACUAUGCGAUGACAUCAAAGAAGGAAAGAUCAAUCAAAUUUAUAACUAACAAAAUAUUCGAGAGUGGAAAGACAUAA